AUGUGUACUUUACAAAAUACCAAGUCUAAUUUAACUUUUCAAAUUUCGAAUAAAGUAAGAUCUAAACAUGAGUCGCUUAAAAACUUAGUUUUAAUUAAUGAAACAUCCAUUAAAAGUUUACUGACGAGCGAUUCUAAAAAUAAAAAUUCAGAUGGAAAUUUUACUGUUGAAAAUACUCAACAGUAUUUUUGUAAGUCGAUAAAAAGAGUAGAAGUUCAUUUAAAUGAAAACUGUGAUACAAAUGACAAUAUUAAAAAACCUGGAGGUUCCAGAGAAGAAGGAAAUAUAAGUGACAAUAAUGAAAGUGGAAGAUCUGAAAGUGAAGCUCCUUGCACAAUUGGAUUAUUGGAAAGAUUAAUUAGAAGUCAUCCAGUCUGGUUUUUACCCGGCAUUCAAAGAGCAGGAGCAGUUCAUUUAUUGCAGGGAAAGGAAGAAGGGAAUUUUAUAGUCAGGCAGUCAUCUCAACCGGAUACAAUGGCUGUGUCUGUAAGAUUACCAGCUGGUAAAGGACCUUACAUAGAGCAUUAUUUAAUUCAAGCAAAUGAGGGGCAAUUAAGUUUAGAAAGCUCUGAAAAUAUGUUUGAAUCGAUUCCUAGUCUCAUUGCUCAUUACUGUCAGUGUUGUGAUGAAUUGCCUGUAAAAUUAGCUUUACCUUCAACAAUUCAAGAUUCAAAAACUCGACAACAGCUCUCUUCUUUAGCACUUUUAGGUCAGGAAUUUUGGAGGUAUCCCAUGGCCAAUCCGAGACCUCCUGAAUUUCGUAAUGCAUCUCCAAAUAAUAACAUGACUGAUUCCUUUUCUUCUUCUGAUGGUAAGUUAAUAUUGUUUUAUAUACAUAUAAAUAACUUCAACGAAAAUAUUUCAACAUUUUUUUUAUGUACAGGUAAAAAAAAAUUAGUGAAAAACGAUGAAGAAAUAAUUUUGGAUUUAGUACCUUUAAGUCAAAAUUCGCAACAGUCAAAUAAUGCAUUGAUCACAUUUAAAGGCUCUUCGGUAAAUGCGAUUUUGCCUUCCGUAAAUGAGUCUAAACCGAAAAGGCCUCAAACUCUCGACCUCAUCACAUCAAAUAUAGAAAAGACUGGUUUAGUAAACGAUUGCAAAACACCGCCGCAACCUCCCCCGAGAUGGGCAAAACCUUUUCAGUCUUCAGCGGCGAAACAACCUUUCACUCCAGACCUUUCCGAAUUAUGCAAAGUCAAUUCGGUUUCUUUUUCUUACGACAAUGACGGUUCGAAGCCAAAUUCAAAAAAUCGAUCUUUAGCGUCAUCACCGAUAGAUGGUUUCAAUAGAGAUUUAUCGAGUCCUCAGUCGGAUAAAACAAAUUCAAAAUCGUUUCACAUGAAAAAAACUCAAAAUUCUCUACUGUUCUUUCAACAAAAAGAUAAUAAUAACAAAUCCGAAAUCGUUUCUCCAAUAAGCGAUAAAACAAAUUUUAUUUCGAAAAGUUUGCAAAAUUCUAAAAAUGAACAGGAAUACAUAAGAGCGGAAAAAUUUGAACGCGUUUUCAACAAAUACACGAGAGAUGGUAAAAUAAAAGAAAGUGCUCAUUACCAAGAGAGCGACAUAUUGGAAUCCCCGACUUCUUUGUACUACUAUAAAAGUAAUGUAGCCGACAAGCAAAGUGAUUAUGAAGAUAUUUGGGCCACCGAUUCUUUUACAACGUUCAAGCCAAACAACACGUCUGCGACACAACAAGAUCAAGAAAAUGACAAAAGUAGCGAGAGUAACGAUUUGAAAAAAACUCCCGAUCUUUUAGAAAAAUUGGGAAAUUUUUCGAAAAUUUCGUUCGAUGACAACAAGGGAGUGAAACCUUCACACAAUGAAAACGUAACAAACGAAUGCGUCAGUUUUGCAAAUCAAGUCAGAGAUUUGGACGACGAAAAACAAAGCAGUCCUUUUUACGCCGAACCGGCCGAUGCUCUUAUUUUAAGAAAAAGAGGACGUCAUUCUUGCAACAAAUCCCGUCAUUCCGAUCCCUUUUCUUUCAACAAUUGGUCAGCUCACUGCAAUCCCUACUUAUCCGGUGGGAACAUAUUAGACAAAAUAGAUUCACAAAAUGACGUAAACGACGAAGGUAAUUGGAAGGCGAAAUCUAGUUUGAGUUUCGAUAAUAUAAUGAAUUUGAAAAAGACCGAACCGGAUUCGAGGUGUUCGAAAGUGAGUCAGAAAAACAAAGUUUUGGCGAAAGGAAAACCCGUGGGGCCACCGAAAAUCUAUAAUAAUGGAGCAUUGGAAAAACCUCAGCAAAAUUGGGCGGUGGAUUCCAGUUGGGAGUUUAUCGGUAAUGAAGAAAAUGAAAAAGAAGGAGAAAGACGAUUUCCAUCGAUCGAACAACAAAUGGAUUCCGAUGAUGGAAACAAUAGGCAUACCGUACAAGAAAUAAUUGCUCAAAGAUUUCCAAACAUUCAAGUUCUUAAAUCCUUCUGGAAUAAAAAUAUUGAAAAUAAAGAAAAUUCUUCGUACCAAACGCAUUUUCAAAAGGUGGAUGGCAGUAGUAAAGGCAGCAGCUCCCGGAUAAGCGCUUACGAUAAUUUAUCCUGCGACAAAUAUACUUUUUACAAAACCUUAAACGAGUCGCAAAAAUAUUACGAAAUAAAUUGUGAUAAUUACCAUGAUCAGAGAAAUAAAUUUAGCGAAAACGAAACAUUUAGUAAUUACAUUUCUUGUGACACGUUGAAAACGAAGAGACGAUUGGAUUGCGGAUCCGUCAUCGAGGACAACGAAGAUACGGAAACUAUAUUUUCCGAGCCGUGGGACAGUAGCCGAUGGGAAAAUCUUUUGCCAAACGCUUGUAAUUAUUACGAGGAUUCGGAGGAGAGUGGUGCUCACUUGGUAGUAGGACCACCGACGAAUUCGGAAAAUUUAUUCGAUUGUUCAAACGCCGUCAUUAAAAAUAUAAAAAAGAAAAUUUGUCCGGAAGGAUCGGAUAUACCACCGUGUAAGAUUAUCGUCGAAGAACAAAAAAAAUGCCGAUUUAAAACUUUGCCUUUGAUGGGAUUGAAAAGUAAAGAAUUGUCUGCGACGGAAGCAUCCAUACGUUCUUACGCCCUUCAUCUUGCAUCGGAUAAAAGCACGACAUUUGCUCAAAAUAUCGAUAAUUUCAUAGAAUGCACGUUGGAAUCGAAAGAAACGAGUCCGCAAGUCGUCAUGAGAAACAUGAGACAAUUCAUGUCGGGUAUGAAAAAUUAUUUGGUCAAACACGGGGAGCGAGAAUUUGAAAAACAAGUGGAAAAGGAAAGAAUGAAGUUGAAAUCAACGGAAUUUCUUAAUUUGGAUGCCAUAUUGGAAGGUGCCAUGCACAAAUUGGUCGUGCGUCCAUUGAGAGAACAUCUUUACAAAUUGUUCGUCGACGAGUACAUAAAAAAUGGCGGCAUACAAUUGUUAUACGAAAAUUUAAUUUACGCAAAAACAAAAUCUCUUAGAGAUCUCGGAUUAAAAACUAAAAUAACGCUGCCAUCUCAGGAAGCCUUAGAUAUGGUUUGUCAAUUUAUAAGAAAAUUGCAAGAGGUUGAUUCGCCAUUGGAAAAAUUAGAACACCUCCUUGCCAGCGUAUCGACGAUAAUUUACUCGGUAAAACAUUCGAAUCAGGGAAAACCAGGGAUCGCAUUCGGAGCUGAUGACCUUUUACCUUUGUUCAUAUGGAUUUUAGUUCAAUCGGGUUUUAUUGCUGCGGAAAUAGAAUCCGAAUACAUGUGGGGUUUGCUUCAUCCCAGUCUUUUGUCAGGAGAGGGUUGCUACUACUUGACGACCCUUUCAUCCGCCGUACACGUAUUGAAAAAUUUAAAAUCAUGCGGUAUAGAUCAUUCGAGAAGAUUGGCUUCAAAUGAGGUUUGGAAACCGUUUUAUCUUAAAUCCGUAUUGAAAAUAAUCGUACCGGAUGAAUUACACGGUUCGAUACUCACGAAAACAUUACCAGUCAAACCGAACAUGACGACAAAAGAUGUUUGUAAAAUAAUUGCUCAUAAGAUUAGAAUAACAAAUCCACAGGAUUAUGGACUUUUCAGGCUCGUCGAUGGCGAAGAAACACUUUUAAACGAUUCUGAAUGUCCGCAAGAUGUCAAAUCACAAUUGGUUGAAUCUGGUAAACAUUGUACGUUGGCAUAUAAAAGAAUAGAUGCGAAAAUUGGAUGGCCGAGAACUGCGUAA